CAUCAGCCAGCCAGCCCUGAGAAAUAUUGCUAGAGACAUGAUCAAACACUUGGAUGCACUUUCUGUGAGUUAGCUAGCAAGGCCAGCCCCUUCUGCUGACGUCUUUCCUCUCUAUCACACAUCAGACUUUUCCCAGUGGAGCUGGAGAACAGACUUCAAUGAAAACUGCCUGUUUGCAGCUAUAUGGAGAUUGCAGGCACCACAAUUACUAUUUCCUCUCCCUGACCUGGAGCAGCAACUCCAUCAGCAGGAUAGAAAGGUAGCCUUGUUGCCUAGCAAAGGUGGGAUGAUUUAUCUGUGUGUCUAGAUUGGUCCCUUUGCUGCAAAGAGAAUUGCUUUCAGACUUCCAAGGAGAAUGAAGCCAGGCUAGAAUUCGGAGUGGAUGUGGGAGAGCUGCUCUCCCAGGGAGCAGAAAGAGCCACAGGGUCUCUGUGCUUUCUGUUCCUGUGCAGCACAGGAAAAUGGUUUUGUCUGCUCCAGUUAUAGCCCUGGGGGCUACCUUAGGGACUGCAACUAGCAUCCUUGCCCUCUGCGGCCUCACCUGCUUCUGCAAAUGCAAGCAACCUGGGAAAGGACUCUCAGAAAAGGACCAAGAGGACGAGACGGAAAAUACUAAGCCCAGUGUGCUUCAGCCAGUCCAGCAAUUCAACAUUAAGAAAACUGCAGAGCCAGUCCAGCCUCGAGCACUUCUGAAGUUUCCCAACAUUUAUGGCCCCAAACCAGAAGUAACUUCACCUGAAAUUGUUAACUACACGCAGUACUCUCUGAAGACAACAGAAGAGCCAGCUCCUGGAAAACACACUGCUUUGGAUGAGAACAGGAUGAAGAUACAAGUCAACGAGGAGCUGUUUGUUCUCCCUCAAAACGUUCCAGGCGUGGUCCAGGACGUGUGUGUCACGGAGCACCUGCGGCCCGAGCGGGCAGGCAGCGGGCAGCAGCCCCCCGAGCUGCACUACUCCCUGCUGUACGAGCCCCAGCGCGCCCAGCUGCGCGUGGCCCUCCUGCAAGCUAUGCAUGAUGGAAUGAGUGGGGACCAAGACACUGGCUGCCAUUGCUACAUACUGGGCACACUGGAGAGCAAGUCUGGCAUUGCUGAGGCCCAGACAGAGCUGAAGAAGAAGGUACUUCACACCCUUUGGGAGGAGGUGCUGCAAUUCCCAUUAACAGAGGAGGAGAUGCCAGGAGGAACACUGACUCUCACCCUGAGGAACUGUGACAAGUUCUCCAGGCACAGCAUUGUGGGGGAACUGAAACUGAACCUUGCUGAAAUGGAGGAAUCCUUUGGGAAGGCCCAGUGGGAAAGGCUAAAGAGCCCAGAGAAGGAGCCAUCCACGGGCCAUGGUGAGGUUCUGCUCUCUAUUAGCUACCUGCCAGCAGCUAAUCGCCUGCUGGUGGUGAUUAUUAAGGCUAAAAACCUCCAUUCCAAGCAGCUGAAAGAUCUACUCGGAAGCGAUGUUUCUGUCAAGGUGACACUGAGGCAUCAGUCACUGAAGCUGAAGAAGAAGCAGACCAAACGUGCAAAACACAAGAUCAACCCUGUGUGGAAUGAGAUGAUCAUGUUCGAGGUGCCUCAUGAGCUCCUGCGUGCCUCCAGCGUGGAGCUGGAAAUGCUGAGCCAGGAUGGAGCUGGCCAGAGCCAUGUGCUUGGCAAGUGCAGUCUGGGCUUACACGUCACUGGCACAGAGAGGAGCCACUGGGAAGAAAUGCUGAGGAACCCCAGGAAACAGAUAGCCAUGUGGCAUCAGCUCCACAUGUAGGGUCAUCGUAAUUACUGACAGCAAGAUUCCCACCAGGCCUCAGAGCCUGGGGGAAUAAGCUGGAUUUCAUCUUCCACCUUCACCUCCACGAAAUUGCUCAGCACAGCUCUCUUACUACACCACCCUCCUCUGAUCUUCCUGACCAUUCUAGCCCAGGAAACUGUCUGGAAAAUGAAUUUAAAGGACAGUCUCUCGCCUAAUCAAGUGGUUGUCUCAAACAAAGGAUUGGCUGUCUGGAUGGUUUAUAUUCAUUUUAUUUGCCUGCCCACUGUCUGUUCUGACAGGUCGCUGUUUCUGUAAAGUAGAAGAGGGGAGGCAAGAAGAGCAAAGUUAUCAUUGAAAAGGAAGCCCUUCACUGGCAUCUAGUGCUGUCACCCAAGUCCCUUGAUGAGUGUUGGCUCCAUAAUCACAAACACACAAUUGUUUUAUCAAUCACUGCUUUUCAUAAUGCUCCACAAGAAUGAGAAAUGAAGCUCAGAGAACUGACUGUCAUGGCAGGCACCAAGAAUCAGUAUGAAAAAGAGAGUGACGCCAAAGUGCAGUAAAUGGACACCUAGGAAAAUACACAGAAUGAAGGGAGAGAACAGCAGAAAAAGAAAGGGGAAGACAGUCAACACCCUCAUCCUGUGUAGCCUUUGAAGCAAACACUGUCGAGCAAGAAGUCAAAUACCUUCCUUUACUUUUGUUUCCUGGAGAGUUCGAUACCUUGUAUUUAAGAUUCAUGAAAACUACUGAAAAUAUGAAUGUUUAGGGACCUUUUAGCAGAAUACCUGUACCAUUUAUCUUUUUAAGGUGUCAUCCAGGAAGAUCCUAAAUAAGGACAAAAGUUAU